AUCGGCUACGGAAGGUAAAAGGACUUACAAGUGAGUCACCUCGUCAACUCUAGUUUUUGCUAUAUCACUUCUCCCAGGCUAUACCCCGCGCUGACCAUCGAUCAGACAAGAGUACCGUGAGCGACACUCCAAACAAUAGGGUCGUUCCAGCAACCCAGUCCAACCCAAUCCCAGAAUGACCCUGCCAUUUUGCCCGGCAUGAAUUCGCAGUCAUUCCUGGGGAAUGAACACCUAUCACUGGUCAUGCAACCGCAUGUGCUCCUUCACGCUCCCGCAAUUGAGGCUAUUGGAUUACUGGUACGCUUAUCAGGCCAAGUGAACACGAAAGAAGAUAACAAUCGGGUGGUUUCGAUCACUUAUACAGAUAGCCCAAUUAUCUUUUUCAAUGACAAUGACGUUAACUCGUCGCUUCGCCAGCCCACACCCUUACCUCGUGUAGACGAUGUACAGUGCUAUGCUUCUAAUGAACUUGUAGUUUCUCCUAGCGCCAUCAUUCGCCUUUGUAUCAAAUCAUGAUAGGCCCGACCAGGUUCAGGAUAGAGCAAGCAGCAAAGACCUGGCGAACCCCAUCCUCAGAGAAAUCCAUCGUACUGUC